UUGCCAUUGGGAUGAGUAGUUUUGGCUGCAAGGUAUGUGUUACAGGAGGUGCAGGCUACAUUGGUUCUUGGCUUGUCAAGAAGCUUUUACAGAAAGGCUACACUGUCCAUGCAACACUCAGAAACUUGGAUGAUGUGUCCAAAGUGAGCCUUCUGAAGAGCCUUCCUGAUGCAGAUGCAAGGCUUGUGCUGUUUGAAGCUGACAUUUACAACCCAACUGAGUUUGAGCAUGCAAUUGAAGGCUGUGAGUUUGUUUUCCAUGUAGCAACUCCCUUACAACAUACUGAAAACUCCCAGUACAAGAACACAACUGAAGCUGCUAUAGCUGGGGCAAAGAGCAUUGCAGAGUCUUGUCUGAAAUCAGGAACAGUUAAGAGGCUAAUCUACACAGCUUCUGUGGUUGCUGCAUCUCCACUGAAAGAGGAUGGGAGUGGUUUGGGGGACUUCAUGGAUGAAACAUGCUGGACCCCUCUCCAUCUUUCAUUUGCUUGUUCUAAUGUUCAUCUCAAGGCCUAUGUAGAUUCAAAGACAUUGGCAGAGAAAGAAAUUCUGAGCUAUGGGAACAGCAAAAAUGCCGGACUUGAAGUUGUGACCCUGGCCUGUGGCCUUGUGGGAGGGGAUGCACUUCUUGUUGAUUAUUGCCUCAAACCAAUAGUCAAAAGUGAUGGAUAUUGA